GCUUCGCAAUAUAUGAAUUAUUGCCCCCUAAACAAGUGCGACAACUUAAUGGGCGUACCUAUUUGUGGCAGAAUGGCAGACAACCCGGAAGUACAAAUCUUAGCACCCGAAUUUACCAAGAUUGCCGAGGGUAUUCUUGGAUCUGAGGGACCAGUCUUUGACAGAAAUGGAACAUUCUUUAUGGUGGAACCUGAGAAAGAAGAUGAGAACAAACAAUAUGCAGGCUGUGUUCACUUGGUUGAUCUAGACACGUCACAUGUAACUCAGAUUUGUGCACCAAAAGUCGGAUCUGAUGGCGGUAUCCCCGCAGGACUACAAUGUGACAAGGAAAACAACCUGUGGGUAGCUGACAUGAGGCUUGGGAUACUACGAGUAAACACGAAAGAUGGAACCUUUCAACAGAUUGCAAGGAAAGAUAAAGAUGGGGCUCUCCUACAGGGCUGCAAUGACUGUGCCUUUGACUAUGACGGUAAUUUGUGGGUAACUGCUCCUGCUGGUGAAAUAGCUCCUGCACCAUUCACCAGGUCAGACAAGCUUACAGAGGAACCAUUUGGGUCUGUGUAUUGUAUGACUGCCAGCGAAGAGGUCAUAAAAGUAGACACUGGUUACUACUUUUCAAAUGGUAUUGCUGUGCAGCAUACUGAUGAUGGAAGGCCAAAGAAAUUGAUUGUUGCGGAAACAUUCACAAGGAAGUUAUGGAGCUAUGAUAUCAAGGGACCAGGACAGGUGGAAAAUAAACAGCUAUGGGGUACUCUGCCAGGUGAACAAGGAGGUCCAGAUGGCAUGGACUUUGAUGAAGUUGGAAACUUGAUAGUUGCCAAUCAUGGUAAUGGUCACCUGGAAGUGUUUGGACCCCUGGGUGGACACCCUAUUUAUAGAAUCAAAUGCCCCUUCUCUAUGCCCAGCAAUGUGCACUUUAAACCAAAUUCCUGUUUGGUCUUCGUUACUGAACAUACCUAUCAUGGAUUGUGGAAGUUUGAAUGGAAAUACAAGGGAAAAGCUCAGUACUGUGAAUUAAUACAGAUUUGAUUAAUUCAACUAGUCAAACAUAUGUCAAAACCACCAUUAAUUUUGAUUACUGAAUUUCCAGAAAUUGUGAUAUAAUUACUCAGAUUUGCAGUCACCAUUCCCCAAUGCAUUUUGUACUUAUUAUCAAAUAACAAAGAUAUUUAAAAUUAUGAAUUUUUAUGAAUUUGCUUUCGUAUUGAUUGUGCUAGAAAAGGUACGAGCUGUGUUGAAGCAAGAUACAUUUUUAGAAUCUCCACAUAGGGUUAGAGCUUUGCAAAUUUCUGCAGAGUAAUUGCUACCUCUAAUCAUCUGGUCAUUAAAGAUUUAAUUAAAGUGCAUUAUUUAAAUUAAUUUAAU